AUGAGCUUCAAACGUGCUCGUGCUGCAGAGCAAAGCAGGGGUUCCAGUUUUGCCGUGCCCGAUGCAUGUCAAGACCCCUUGAUUGAUGAAGGUUCGAAUAUCGAGGCUGCUAAGAAGUUUCGACGUCUUCUGAUUGAAAAAUACUUAGAUGGGUCUGCUACGGCAACGGAUACCUGCCAGCUUGCUUACUGGCACAACGAGUCAGGAGGCGGAGGUGCUGAGGAUCUGGCUUUGCACCCGCGGUGUCAUCUGGCUAAAGAGUUCCCGGAACCCAUUGUGGAGAUGGUUUCUGUUCCCAUGUAUUUGAAGAAAUCCGUGGGGAGGGUCAUCGUGCAGCACCCCACCCGUGUCACUUCGGCGAUGAUACGGAAGGAGAUGAUCGACCUUGGUAUCCUUGGAUCUGAAUCUCCCGCUGCUGUGCAAGAUUUUCUAAAACCCGACGAAGAGUUCGGGGAUCUCUACGAACGCCAUUGUAUCACGAUCGAAGCCCUUCGUGAGGGUUUCAAACGAGAACACAUUGUGCCGCUAUCCGUGUACUUUGAUGGGGUCCAAUAUUCCAAGAAUGAGAACUUCUUGGGACUGUCGGAGCUUUGUGGCUGUGGCUGCCGCGGAUGGUGCUCCGUGUUUCCACUGUUGGAGGCAUUCAAACAAGAUUUGACUGCAAAACACGCCGACUUGAGAUUACCGAUCAUAGACUUCAAAGCUGAUUGGGCUGCAUUGGUGGAGAUAGCUGCUUUGAGAACGUGGUCGCACAGCUUGCACGCCUGCCCUUGUUGUCUAGUCAAAAAAAGCGAGAUGGACAACCUCGAAGGUUUCACUGCAAGAACCUGUGCAUUCCCGCUGUUCGAUGAGAAGAAGUACGAAGCUACUUUGGCCAAGAACUUCAAGGUCUGGAAUCUUACUCUCACGAUGCUUGCUGAGAAAGCAUUGAAGUGCAAAGCUGCUGAAACACAUGGCUUACUUGGCUUCGCUGUUGAGACGCUGGAGAAAUACAAGACUGUUCUGCAAAACUGUGAGCAAUCGCACAUGUUUGAUCUUCUCCUUCGAGCGGGAAGGGCAGCUGAAGCUUUCGAUCGUGUUAUGGCCAGCCACACUAGAGUGUUUCCUACCGAUGCAUGUGAUUCGUUGCACCAGAGCUAUCAUCGAUUCAUUGUGCUUUGCUCACGGGCUGGUGUGCCUCUGCUGCCGAAAGGGCAUCUUAUGUUCCACCUCGUGGCUCAGGCCAGUGUGAGAGGCAAUCCCCGGUGCUAUUCAACUUACAUCGAUGAGAGCUACAAUGGUGCCAUUGCUAAAGUGUGUCGUUCAGUUCAUAGGCGAAACUGGGCUCUGGCGGUUUAUCGGAAGCUGGAGAUGCUCGAGAGUAUGCUUUCUGAAGAGUUCUGA